CUCCUAGAGCCAAACCACAUUUUACACAUUAAGGAACUGUUUCUGGUAAAGUGCCGUUGAUAGUAACACAGGAUAAAUAACAUCGUGCCCUCACUGUUCUCAAACUGAAGAAGUUUAAAUGGUCCUUCAAGAUGCAAACGCCUUAAUUUGACCAGAGAGAAAUAAUCUCCUUAUGUUUCAUUUUAAAAGAUGUGUAGAAGAUAAAGCUCUUUCUUCUUUAAAACAAGAACACAAUUAUUAAAUCGACGGAGAACUCACUUGACAUGCACUUCACGGACCUCCACGGACUACUACGGUAACAUAAGCCUGGCCUGCGGAGAGCAAACCCACCCAGCCGUCCACCCACCCACACGGUGUGAAAUCCACACCCCCUCAAGGAGUGCAGUGAGGUCACAGGAGACGAAAGCACCAUUGUGCAGUCUGAGGGAUGGAGGGCAGGAGGCACUUGCCUCCAGAUGGAGGUGGCAAUGCUAAGCGCUCCGCCUCAGCAGAGUGUGACACGGAGGAUAGAGCGGUCAGGAACGAGCAGGGCGUCCCUGAGACCUCGACACAAAGGCGCGUGAGAAAAGACGAUCUCUGUGAUGUUCCUCGCAAGGUGCCUCGUUUCCAGUACGUGGAUUUCCCUUCGCUACACCAGUGCAUCCAACAGCUUUCUGUGCCUCCACUGAACGGUUGGCUGGGAUCCUGCUCGCUGGCAAAAGCACCAAACUACAGGCCCGCCAGCCCUAAGGAAAAGGUGCCCAAGUUUAAAUAUGUGGACUACCCAUCUCUCCACCACUGCAUUCAGCAGCUGUCUGUGCCUCCUUUAGAAAGCUGGAGUGCAGGGCUGGUCAGGUUUAAUGCAGAGGGGAAACAUGCUUCUCAUUCUGGGAGUGUGAAAAAUACCCUAAAGGCAGGAGAUCAAAACAACGAUGACAGGAGUAGAGUUACAGCUUUUUCUUUCCCAAGAGACACACACACCUCAGUCUCAGGUAAGGAGGAGAAGCCUCAACACGACUACACCUCAGAGGUGCCACAGAGGUUGGAGAAAGGUAACGCACCUCUAAGGUCCUUUAAGAUUAGCAAACCAGAAGAUUGCGGAUCAGAAUCUGGUUCUGGAUCUCAUUGCGACGCAGUGGUGGUGAGAAGUGACAGACCGUCGGUUAUUAACAUGGUGCACACAGACAAGCAGAAGCACUGGACAAAGGCAGAUCACCUGGAAGAACAGUUGAACUCUCCAGAUUCGGUUGGACGGGUACCGUGGAAUACCCUCCCGGAGUCGGUCUGCCCAUUCUGCCAACAGAUGUUCACAAACCCAGAGCAGUUCAGGGCUCACCAGCGGAGCCAUAGAGAUAAGAGACCAAACUGAUGUGCAGAAGUACAGAGUGAGAGCUGCUUUUGGCAAACAGUUAAUGCCACAUCAUAUGGAAUCGUAUCAUCAGAGGCCUUCUCGUGUUGUGACUGGCUAAAGUGGUAUUGCUGGCAGGACUAUAUGAAGAUCAAAGACACAUUAAACACAUUUGGGUUCAGACCUUAGGGAGAAUGCAAGACUUUGUCUUGACUGAUGUUGUAAAGACUAAAAAGGCAGAGCUGGACAUACAGAAACACACAAGCAUACAAUAGGCAUGCACAUACAGCACACACAGACACAGAGUAUCCUAUCCAUGAUUCAGAAGAGGUCAAUAUUUACUGCCCCACAUAAGGACCAUCAGACAUAAUGGGGUUUCAGUUCAAGACAGGAUUAGAACCUGAUUUAUAGUCUCUUCCACACAUAUAUCAGCGUGUUUACAGGGGAGGGAGAAGCUUGAUGGACUGGUGCAUAAGAGGAUGGAUUUUAUUAGGCUACAUAUGUUCCCUACACUGUGUGCAUGGUGGCAGGCUAAGUAUUUAGCUUUGGGUGCCUACAAAAUAAUGGCUAUUGUUAAUGCUGCACAAACAAACAGGCUUGUUAAUAAUGAUUUGUUACAUUAGCUUUUUAUUGUUUUGUAUUUUUUAUGUUUUUGGAAAUUAAUGUCUAGUGGCUUUGAGCUAGUAGCUUUAAAUCUUCAAAAUGUACCGCUUGUUUUCAAGUGUUUAAUUGUGUGAGUAAAGAAUUUUUCAUACAGAAGCAAAUGUUUGACUUUUUUUAGUACAGGCUUGCCCUCUGAGAGAAAACCUGUUUGGCAGGAUACCUCUCAGUUUCGUAGAUAAAGUAUUUAAGCUUUAUUUAAACAAAAGAGGAAUCCAACAUCAACAACUAGAGUAACAAAACUCACGGUUUACAUUUAAAGAGUCAAAAUGGAUUUUUGAAUAUUAUAAAAGAACAGAUCGACAGCACGGCACAGAUACAGUACAGUUUACAGUGAGGAUUUCUGAAUAAUCUCACUCACAUAUUAGAAGAACCAGAAAAAACGGUGUGAAAAAAGCAGAUGUAAACACAAAAAAGGAAGAGCUGAGAAGUGUGAGAAACGGUGGAACGGAAGAGGAAAGACAACAAUGGGAGCUGGAAAUUCACAGGCAUACGAUUUGACUAGUGAUCUCAGCCAGAAGGACAUUUUUUUAAAGUCUGUGAAGGCGCUUUCUCUUCCUUCUCAAACUCAAUCAUUAACGAAUAACCAAUCCGUGAAGACUUCUGGAUCUCAGAAAGAAGGAAACCUUCUAGGUCCCACAAACACAUGCCCGGUUUGUUUCUCUGCACUCAAACCUGCAUACAUAAAAGGUACUACUGAUAAACUGCUUCAGUGCACUCGAUGCCCAACUGCUCAGCUCCUGUGUGGCUCCUGCCUUUACCCCUGCACUUCUGCUGCCUGCACCAAUAAGCUGUGCCCCCUCGUCUCCACACUGCUAACCUGUGAAGUCGUAUCAGAUCCAAAGAGCAAUGUGCUUGGAUGUCCAAUGUUCAGAGCCUGUCCUAAGUGUCAUAAUUUGAUGAUGCAUGAAAAAGGAUGCAAGUUUGUAAUAUGCACAUCAUGCCGUCACUAUUUCUGUUUCAUCUGCUUGCAAAAUGAUUGCAGCAAGAAUAGAGCAAACUACUGGAAACUAACUUGCACAAAACCAAGAGCAGAAAGACAGAGAUUUAUGUUGCCACAAUUGUGAACAGAUUCCUCCCAGGGUUGGACAUUAUUGUCUAUAAAUGUGAAUGCAAGACUUUUUAUACAGAACAGAAUUAAUUUCACAAACUGAUUCAGUAUACAAAAGAAAUAUUAUAUAAUCACAAUGAUCCCGUUAUUCCCAUGCUUUGAAUCUAUGCUAUCUAUGCCUUACAUCUGACUGACUUGCACUUUGGUUAGCAGGCGUAACAACUCAAGUAAACUUCAGUGAAGUAGCACUAGUUAACAAUAGCUGAUUUGAUUCUGUGUAAAAGGGGUCAUGAAUUGAGAAACCAAAAUUCCCUUGAUUUUUUGACAUUGUACAAUGAUUGUGGAACAGGCUGUGGAAUGUGUCCCUUUAUGAUGUAAUAGUGUGGCUAAACAUGGCCUCCACAGAAGAAGAUCAACGCCUGUCUUUGCAUUGCCUUCCUUCUGAUCCCGAAGUUAGAAAAGACUGGAUGAACUUUAUUUUUAAUAAAGUUCCAGACCACGUCAAUAAGAAUUUGGUCCUUUGUUUACUUCAUACCACAGAUUAAUUUACAAACAAGGAACAAUUCCACACAGGUGUUUCGGAAAGAUUGAAACUAAAUGUCGAUGCUGUGCCAGCUAUAUUAAAUCCAACAAUAAUGUCGCACCACACAAGUGUGAGUAACUGUCAUAGACUGUAAAAAACCAUGGAUGUAGUCACACGUAGGUUUCUAAAGAGCAUUUUUGAAGCUCAAA